GUAAACCCUAACUUUUAAUUUCCCCUUUCUCUCUCUCUCCAGCUCGGUCAUCGUUCGCUCAUCGUCAUCCCUCAACUCCUCAGCUCAAGCUCCGUUUUUUUUCUCUCUCUCUAUUGAGUAACGAGGAUGUCAGGCGUAUCGUUGCAGUGCGGAGAUUGUGGAGCUCUUUUGAAAUCCGUAGCAGAAGCUCAACAACAUGCAGAGCUCACUUCUCUCUCCAAUUUCUCUGUAUCUAAUGAGCCUUUUCUUAAUCUCAUCUACUCUUCCUGCGGCAAACCCUGCCGCUCCAAAACUGGUUUUCGUUUUUCGAAGCUCAGAUUUUCUUCAAGUUUCGCCGCCAUGGGAAGAACUGAAGGGACCUGAAGGCGAUCAGAUCCUUGACACCCAUGAUAAGAUCAGUGAAAAAUUCAACUUUACUGCUCAUAAACAAGGACCUUUCAGUUUCUGCUUCACCAAUAAGUCACCUUAUCAUGAAACCAUUGAUUUCGAUCUACAAGUCGGACAUUUUACAUACUAUGACCAGCAUGCAAAGGAUGAGCAUGUGAAACCUUUGGUAGAGCAGAUUGAAAAGCUCGGUCAAUGUCUUUACAACAUUCAGUUUGAACAGCAUUGGCUAGAGGCACAGACUGAUCGACAAGCACUAGUGAAUAAAGCUAUGAGCAAGAGAGCAAUCCAUAAAGCCGUUACGGAAUCAUUUGCUCUAGUUGGUGCGAGCGUGUUGCAGAUAUACUUAUUGUGGCGAUUAUUUGAAAGGAAGCUUGGGACUUCAAGAGUCUAAAAGAUUCAUCACAUUAGUGAUUUGCUAACAUAUUAUAAUCUUGGUGUUUCACUGUUUUGGGAAAUAGCUUAGUCUUGCUUUAGGAUCUUUCUAUUAUGUUAUUUUUAAAUGAAGAUAUCAAUGGAUUUUCCCUUUCUUCUUCUUUUUUAUUUUAUUUUAUUUAUUUAUUUGUAACAAAGAAUCUUUGAAGUAUAGGUUUUUAAUUGGGUGAAUCAAAGAAAUUAUUAAACUUUGCAUAUCAAAGAAAUUAGUAUAGGUUAACAUCUUGGUGUUUCUCUGAUUGUUAUCUUUUGGUGCUCUUGAAGGUACUAAUAUGUUGCAUAGAAACUACUGGAAACACCAUGACUCGACAUAAGGCUCUAAAAGAACAGUACUUAUUCUGCUGCUCAUGUCCUCGUUGCAUUAUAUUAGAUUUUUGUCCAAGGACAGCCCCGUAUGAUGUUGACGAGUUGAAAGUGGUUCGAGAAUAGUGGGCGCAAUACUUUAGAAGUAAAUAUUUAUUGAAUGCAUAACUAUUAGUUUAGGUAGAACAAAGUAAUAUUAUUAGUGUUGUUGUUGCAUGUGUUGGUUAAAUUUAUACAAGUUUUUAUUUGUAAUGUAGUUUUACUACUUCAAUUUUUAUAUUACGUCGUAUUAAUUUUUAA